UAUAUAUUUAGAGAUUGAAAAAAAAAUGAGUGAAGAAAGAGUGUUGCCAUGGGAACUCAAUAACUGCACAGCAAUAUUUUCUUUGAGCAAUGUUAGAGAGCCAGUGUCCAAUGUGUACUGCAAGAAACAGGAUCCUGGGGCAGAUUACUAUGUCACCGGGAUAACUCUACGCAGCGGCCUGCCACCAGGUAAACCUCUAAAUAUCAGCUGUGAAACUACAAGAAAUGCUGGCUUUAUCGAAUGCAAAUGGAAAAAAGGAAGAGAGACCUAUGAGCCCACUACCUACAAUAUUUCAGUAAACAUUGGAAAUGGUUCAUGGGAAUAUUCUCAUACAGUGCAAGAUGAAGGAAACUGUACAAUACCACAAAAUAUAUUUCAUGAUAAUUUCACAUAUCAUUUGAUGGUUUCGGCUCACAACCACUUUGGAAAGUCUCAUUCUGAUCCACUGACCUUCACCUUCAAUGAUAUUGUUGUCCCUGAAAUGCCUCACAUUACACAAAUAGACUUUAAUGAAUCUUUGGUUGCUGUAUUGCACUGGAAAACCCAUGAAUCAUUUGAAAGUCUAAAACCUUACAUAAGAGUGCACACAGCUGGUCACUGGGAAAAACGAGAGGUCUCAGAAAUUGGAGAUGGUUUGGUUCACGUGGCUGGAUUACGCCCUCUUACAGACUAUAGUUUUCAGGUUAGAACAUGCACCAAACGUCAACAAACAGAUACAAAUCUUCACACUGCCAGGAAAAUGGUUUGCAGUAAGUGGAGCCCAUCUGUUUGGAAGAAAACCCCUGGCAAAGGGCCUUCUGAGCCAUUACAUGUGUGGAGGGAUUCAACCUUGCAACAAGUGGCGAUUGUGUUCUGGAAGCCUCCUCCAUCACAUGAAUACAGCGGCGAGGUCUCUCAAUAUGAAAUCGACUUCGGUGAUGGUCAAAAACAGGAACACCGUUGUGCUCCCAUGUCCGAGUGUUCUGCCAGAGUGCCUUUGUUACCACCAAUCAGUGUCACUGCUGUCACCCCAUAUGGGACAUCUCCACCCGCUACUGUCCCACUCACACAAUCAGAUGCACCAGGGCCUGUUUUGAGAGAGGUGACUCCUUCGGUAAACAGCAGGACUGUGACUGUCUCCUGGACCCGUCCUGAACAAAAUGAGGAAGUGAUGAAUUAUGUUACAGAGUGCACCACACUUCCUCCUACAGCACUGCACUGGAAAGCUGUGUCCAAAGAUCACAAAUAUACAACUAUAACAGGUCUGAUGCCAGGUGUACUGUACAAUAUUUCUGUCUAUGCUGUGACCACAAGUGGCGUCAGUGCUCCAUCAUCUUCUGCUGUCUACUCCAAAGAGCUAAAACCGUUGUUUGGACCAAGCAUGUCAGUUUUGGUCCAUGAGGCCAACAAAGUCCUGGUGAAGUGGGACGAGCUACCAGUGGAGCAAAGGAGAGGCUUCAUCACAUAUUACACUAUUUACUAUCAUGUGUUAAGCUCCACCCGCUCCCAGCUCAAAGCGUCUGUGCCAGCCUCAGGACCCAGACAGCGCUGGUUGGACUGUCCAGAAGGGACCCUGGCUCUGCAAAUGUCCGCCUCCACUGCGGCCGGAGAGGGGCCACGGGGGAACCUCAUCACUUCCCACCCCCCUGCUCCUUCAGCUGGCCUUGUGAUUGUCAUUGUCUUCAUCAUCAUGUUCUUCGUUGCCAUCAUAGUUAAUCUGAUGUGCUGGAAAUGUGUGCGGAAAAGGAUUAAACAGAAGUGUAUUGCAUGGAGCCCAGAGUGUCUUGGGGACAACCUGCCAAAGCCUAUAAACAGCAAUGCUAUCAAACUCUUAGGGUUGGACAGGAGUGAGCCAUCCUUAUUUUCAUCAUUCAGUGACCCACCAUUGUCCCCCAUCAGUUUUCUACAGGAUGAGAGGGAGGAACUGUACCCCUUUGUUCAUGUGGAGAUGGGACCAUCACAAACCGAAUCAACUUUGCUUAGACCAGAAUUUACAAAUGACAUUUAUAAUCCAAGCAUUAAUCUGGAAUAUGACAACUAUAAACCACAAACGACUGCCUUCCCCGUUCUGGAAAAAAACAAAGAGGUUGAGGACAGUGAAGGACAAAACACAUCUUCACAUCAGUUUGAAGAAUUUAGUGAAGGAUUAUUGUCCAAUGUACAAGUGGAAUUGAAUGAUUCACAAACAGAGUUCAAUCUGAUACCCUCAUGGUCUAAAACUGAUGACAUGAAUGCUGUCACAAUGGAAAAAAGGGCAGACAAAAUGGACUCCAAACCGGACUUGCUGCUCGUAAAACUGAGUGAAGAAAGCUCAAAUAUAGCACUAGUUGAUUUUUUUGAUAAUGUUGAUGGAGUAUUGGCUAGUGGCUAUUUCCCCCAAAUAACUAGCCCUAUAGACUAGACCAGCAUAUCACACAGUGGUAUCAACCUAAUCAUUACUGCACUACUGAGGAGAAUCAGUGCACUGUAAAAGCAUGAGUUUCAUUUUAGUAUGUUGACACUAUUUGUGCCCAACUGUAAUCUAAUGAAAAUCAUUUGUGAACUAAAGAGCAAAUUACAGGCUGAUUCUCCAGAGCAGGAUCCUAGUAUGUACCACCCUAAUGCUCCUGCCAGAUGACAGUAAUGCAGUCUGCAUUGAUAAUGAAGACAACAAACCUGAACAUAAAGUGUAAAAGAACAUUUCUUUUGGAUCUUUAUUCUGUAGUGGUCAGUAUCUACCCAAAGUGGUGUAAGGAAGGAACAAUAGCAAACUCACAUAGGGAAUUUGCACAAUGUACUCACUUUCACCUAUGUCUUUCAAUUUUAUUUUUUUUAAAUUAUGGUAUAUAAUGUCUGAAUGGUUGAUGUUAAGUUUCUAUUCCAACAGUUGACUGAAAAUACAAUUUUAAAAACAUUUGUCCAUUAAAUAUCUUUUUUCACAGUUGUAUUAUUGCAUUAAAUCAGAUAAACAAUU